AUGCCGGAAAGUCACACGGCCGUGAACAUAGCUGCCUCAUUGGAGCAGCUUUGCACCGACUGGGAGAUACCAAUCGACUGCGUGAAGUACAUUGUGGCGGACAACGGCCGCAAUAUCCGAGCGGCUGCCAGGAGACUGCCAUGGCUCCAGCGAGCCUGCUUUGCGCACGCUCUGCAGCUGGCGAUCAGCGAUGCGAUGUCGUGUACUCCGGCAAUCAACAGACUCUGCAAGAAGGCGAAAGCUAUUGUAGGACACUACAAGCAUAGCCCUAGUGCGCAGAAAAGACUGAACGAUCUGCAAAGGCAGUUGAACAAAGACGUGCUCCAUGUUGUGCAGGAUGUUGACACAAGAUGGAACAGUCAGUACCUCAUGCUCUCGAGGCUCCUUGAACUCAAAGAGUCCAUCACACUUGAGCUCACCACUUCGGACACAAUCAUAUAUACCUUUAACUCUGCAGAGUGGAGAGAUGCAGUGGAGUUUGUGGAGGUACUGAAGCCCUUAUUUGACGCUACUGUUAUAUUAAGUGCUGAAAAGUACCCCUCCUUAUCAUGUCAAAUUCCAAUUAUUUUUGGAAUGCUGCAUUGCCUCGAAGGUUGCAAAGGCAACUCAAGGUUUACUAACUAUCUUGCAAAAUGUAUAAAGACUCGUUUCGCGGAGUACGAAUUCGAUGAAGUGGCCAGCCUGGCCAUGUUUCUUGACCCGCGCUUUAAGGCUACAGUUCAUCAGGCAUCUGGUCAGAUGAUCUGGCUGAAAGACCUUGUGACAAGGGAGCUCCAGGCAGCAGACGGGGAACCCAGUGGGGACACUGCCGUGCCAGCGUCGACUUCGUGUCCUCUGGUGGGAUCCAGUGUAUGGAAUGCUUUUGACGAUCUAGUCAUGAACAAGGAGAAGACACAUUUGGCAUCUGCCCCUAAGACGGAAGUUACAGACUAUGCGGAAAAGCCUCUUCUGGAAAGGAGCAAGGACCCUUGUGAGUGGUGGCAGUCUACAGGCCGCUUCAAGUACCCGCUUCUAAGUGCACUCGUCCAGAAGUACUUGGCCAUCCCGGCCACCUCAGUUCCUAGUGAAAGGGUCUUUUCUACCGGUGGAAAUGUUGUGACAGUGCAUAGAGAGCGCUUACUUUCUGAACAUGUUGAGCAGUUAAUUUUCCUUCACGAUAAUCUGUAA